AUGCAAGAGUGGGUUGAUCGUCGUAGUCUGGAGCCACACGUCUUUGGGGACAUUCUGGAACAAGUGCCAAAAGAAUCUAUUCCAGAAAGCCUAGAUUUCUUUGCAAGACGGGAUGUGGUGCAGAAGUUGCCUUUGAAAAAGAACCAAUUCUGCUACUCUCAUGGGAAAAACUGCCAGCUCCCAAAAGCAGGAGAGGUGGAUAUCGAUGUUAGUGGAAUGCCCUGUCAAGAGAAUUCUAGGAUUAAUCUGAACCGGCUCUUUAUGGAAGGAAAAACGGGGUCAGUGUACUUGGUCUGGGCCAAAUCGCACCGGAGAAAAAAAACUCCACUUCUUGUCCUCGAGAAUACUCCGGAGCUUCCGAUGAACGAUAUCCAGAAGCUGCUGCCCGAAUACAACCUUUACCAGCUCUUCGUGAGACCUGAAGAUGCAGGCCAUUCGGCAGUCAACCGACUGCGCACCUAUGUGUACUGCGCUCAUAAAGAGACAUGUGAGUAUCUUUUUGACGUGUUUGAAACCUACAACGCUGUCACAGAGGCAAUCAAAGAAGACGAGGAAAACUGUUCCUACUUUCUCAAUGAGAGGGAGCGGAAGGUGGUUCGCGUUUUGGACCAAGACUACAAGAGGCGUAACACUGGCCACUACUUGCACCGCGCCAGUGGUCGGGUGAUGACCAGUGUGGAUCGUUUAACUGCAUUGGGGUGGCCCACAACACAGCAGAUUGCCUCCAACAUGAUGACAACCUGCUUUCCAACUUUGGACACGAGCCGAGGCGAACUCAUGGCUGGUAACGCAAUGGCCUUGGGAAAUGUCUCCAUCGUGAUCUUAGUGGGGUUGUCGUGCUUCAAGAGGGUUUCAGAUUCUGAGAAUGGCUGGUGUAGCAAUUUCAUUUUCAAAAGCAGGCAGGGAGGCAAUGAGCCUAGUGAUGAAGAUGACAAUGGUGAUGACAAUGUGCCCACUGCGAAAGCCAAAGCCAAGAAUAGGAUGGAACCCCACACCAUCCUGGAAGAGCUGAAGAAGGAGUACAAGAAGUUGGGGGAGCCACUCUCAGGGGAGGACAUGUUAGAACCUGAGGUUGCAAUGUCCGUUGCCAAAGCAUGGAUGGUGAAGCACGCGCAGAAGGAUGAAGAUGGGAAAUGGAUCAUGCCUCUGAGAGUCCGUCAUCCUGGCAAAGUUUGGAUUCGAAAGACUGCUGAUGACCUCGUUCCCAAUGUUGCCCGUGAUGAUGAAGUAGUCAAGCAGGCACCCAAGGAGGCACCCAAGGAGGCACCCAAGCAGCAGGCAGUGCAUGACAAGCAGAGCAGCGAGGAAGGGGUCGACUACAAGAUCAUUUUUCGAGACGGUGGGCACAGGCUGCUGAAACUGAGUUUCUUGGGCAAGAGACUUGGGGAUGUUCCCCUCCCUCCGGGUUCGAACUUCAAAGUCUUGCUUCAUGAAGGACAACCGGUGUUGAGCGGGAAGGCAGGUACUGAAAUGUACAGUUGUCAGCAGUACAUGGACGUCCUCAUGCCACCAGAAGAGCCAAAGAAAGUUGAAGGACAGGAUGUUACAAAAAGAAUACUCAUUUCUAUAAAUAGCACGAACUUUACCUUUGAAACCAGUUUGAAACAACACAACAUGGGUUAUCAACUUAACUUAGUUGUCCGCUUAUCAGCACUAAAGUAA